AUGCAUUUACUUGCAGAGAAAAUAAUUUUGGAAGAUUUGCAGGCUGGGGGGUUAUUAGUUGGUAAAGUAGAGGAAAUGGUGGAUAAAAGAAUUGGGGCUAUCUUUAUGCCUCACGGAUUGGGGCAUUUUAUGGGACUAGACAUUCACGAUGUUGGCGGAUAUUUGGGGGAUGCUUUACCCCGUUCGGAUAAACCCGGAUUAAAAUCACUUAGAACAACUCGAAUACUUAAAGAAAAAAUGUGUAUAACAAUUGAACCUGGAUGUUAUUUUAUUGAUACGUUAUUGGACAAAGCCUUUGCUGACCCAGAAUUGUCAAAAUAUUUGGUAAAAGAAAAAAUUGAGGAAUUUAGAGGAUUUGGAGGGGUCAGAAUUGAGGAUGAUAUAAUUAUUUUGGCAAAUGGGAAUUUAAAUAUGAAUGCAGAAUUGCCUAGAACUGUGGGGGAAAUUGAAGAAUUUAUGUCAUUAAAUAACAAAAAUUGUUGUGGAAAAUAA